CCUUGAGGGCAAACCUAGUACCUCGUGACCUUGCAUCUUUCAUAAUCUACUCUCUAGCUAGCUAGCUACAUGGCUAGCUAGCUCUGUCUGGGAUUAUUGAAGACCUCACCGUGACCAUGGCUGACAGUCAAACAGAGUCCAAGACAGUGUCCUCUGAAGAAGAGGAAGGUUGGGAUCGGAGAUUUGGGAAGGGUGGUCAUUCAGCGGUGGGUGGUGGUGUCAGUGAAAAGAAGGACCCACGGCCAAAGUACAACAUUAUAUCUUGGCUCUUCUUUCUGUGGGUGGAACCUUUCUUGUGGCACAGCUUUAAGCAUGGAGUGACAAAGGAGGACCUUUAUCCUCGGCCCUCUGAGGCUGACUCUCAAAAGCUGUUGGAGAAAUUCAAUUACUAUUGGCAGGGGGAGCUAGAGAGGAUGAAAGUUGGCAAGAAACCCAGACUUCUGCUAACCAUGAUUCGUUGUAUACUGUGGCCAUUCCUUGUGCAAGGACUGUUCUUCCUUAUUGAACUGACUGUACAAGUGAUUCAGUCGGUGGUGCUAGGUUACCUUGCUGGCAGUAUCACAGAUAACUCUGACACAAGCACAACGAAUGCCUACCUCUUUGCAAUGGGUCUAGUAGCAUGUGGAGCUGUUAUUUCAGUCGUACAUGCUCAUAACUUUCUCUUGGCAUACAAGCUUGGCAUGAUCUCAAGAAUCAUCAUGACUGGAGUUGUAUAUCAGAAGGUGACCACUCUGAGUCAAGUGAGUAUUGGGAAGCUUUCGAUUGGACACAUUGUCAAUCUGGCCUCAAAUGAUGUGCAGCGGUUUGAUUUGGCAUUUCUAUUUGUGCACAUUGUGUGGAUUGCCCCUAUUCAUCUGAUUGUGGUGACCUACCUCGUCUAUGCUGAGGUUGGAUGGAGUGCAUUUCUUGUUACUGGAUUUGUUCUCUUGCAAGUUCCUCUUCAGAUUCUUAUAAGCAAAGUGUUUUCCAGAUACAGGUUUAGGUCUGCAUUAAUGACUGACAAGCGUAUUCGCAUUAUGAAUGAGAUCAUCUCUGGAAUGAAGGUCAUCAAGAUGUACGCCUGGGAGCUUGCCUUCAAGGCUGCUGUCUCAAAAUUAAGAAGGAAGGAGAGUCUUAUAAUUCUCAAGGGUGGACUAGUUCGAGCGUUUGGUCUGGCAUUUAUGAUAGUCUCAGUCACGAUCAUGACUUUCCUUGUGUUCUCUGUCUACACAGCCACUGGUGGAAUCCUCAGUCCCAAGAAGGUCUUCACUGUCCUCUCCCUGCUCCUCAUUCUUAGACUCACUUCUGUGCACUUUCUGGUGCAAAACUCACUUGCUAUGUCUGAGGGUUUUGUCGCUAUUUCCAGAAUAAACAAAUUGCUUUCAGUGGAUUGCUUAGUUUCCUCUCAGGAUGACAGAGCUGGUGAUACAUGUACCAUGGAAAAAUCAGUCUGCGUUGAGAGCAUGUCUGCAUCUUGGACCGACGCUCCUAUAUUGCAAAAUAUCAGUUUCAAAGUCGACGAUAAUUGCCCUCUUCUUGCUGUGGUUGGUUCAGUUGGAGCUGGGAAGUCCACCCUGCUGCAAGUAUUGCUGAGUGAGCUGCAGCCUUCCUCUGGGAGAGUAAACAUCAAUGGUAGAUUAUCCUACACGUCUCAGGAGCCCUGGUUGUUCUCAGCUUCUCUUCGUGACAACAUCUUGUUUGGGAAUGAGUAUGAUCCAGUCAGAUACAACGCAGUCAUCGAUGCCUGUGCUCUAAAAAAGGACAUUAUCCAGCUAGUGAAUGAUGACUUGACGCUGGUGGGGGAGAGAGGAGUCACUCUGAGUGGGGGACAGAAGGCAAGAGUGAGUCUGGCCAGAGCAAUCUAUCACCAAGCAGACAUUUACCUCCUCGACGACCCUCUCAGUGCAGUGGACACAGCAGUUGCUAAGCAUCUCUUUGACAGAUGUAUUCGAGGGUUUCUUCGAAAUAGCUUGGUCAUUCUAGUAACGCAUCAAGUGCAGUUUGCAUUACAAAGUGAUCAAGUGCUUGGUCUAAAGGAGGGCAAAGUGGAGGUGUACGGCAAUGUGAGGGACCUGCUCAGUAGAAACAUUAACUUGAAGCAGCUUCUUGGGAUAAUUGAAACUGAAGAAGAGGACGCUGUGUCCACAGCUCAGGCACCUUCUAGUUCUUUCGGAGAUCAGCAGUUGAUUCCUAGAAGUCCUUUGGCAGUCAUUUUUAAGAGGGCUGACUCUACUGAUGCAACCAUUCCAAAAAUUGUCCUUGAAACGACCGAAAAUUAUUCAGGCCCCAACAGCCAGACCCAGUACAUGACACCUGGAAUUCCCAGACGCAGAAAAGAUCCUGUGAAGAUACUAAUCGAUGCUGACUACAUUAAUCAUGACUUGGAGCCCUCCAUCUUCUCUUCUCCAUCACUCUAUUCUCUGCACUCAGAAAUCAGUGUACAUCAAGAGACAGCUAAAGAAGAGGCUCCAGUGAUAAUUCUUCCACCUGAAGAGAAAAGUGCUGGCUCGAUAUCACUUGCUGCUUAUGGAAAGUACUUCUUGGCUGGUGGCAACGUGUUCGUGCUUUUACUGUUACUACUCUUUCUUAUAUUCGGAGAGGGAAGCUUGGUUCUUGCCGAUUGGUGGAUAUCUGAUUGGUCUCAGUGUUACUCACAGAACUCUACUCAAGUACAAAAUCGCUCUACUUGUCUGCUCUCCACUGAAGAGAGAAUUGCAACUUUUGCUGGCACAUUAGGUGGUGUCCUUUUACUCAACUUUUGCAAAACUGUACUCUUCUUCUCAAUUUGCAUCAACGCUUCUCGUGUGCUCCACAACCGCAUGUUUAGAUGUGUGCUCCGUACUCCGAUGCUGUUUUUUGACACCAAUCCUAUAGGGCGAAUACUGAAUAGAUUCUCAAAGGAUGUAGGAUUUCUGGAUGAUUUGCUGCCAUAUUUUUUUUGUGAAUUUGUCCUGCUAUCUUCUCGGGUUUCAGCAAUUUUGCUCACUGCUGUAGUGGCUCUUCCGUGGCUGCUAAUACCAUGCGUGGUCCUUUUCAUCUUAUUUGUGGGUGUGCGUUGGUACUACCUUAAAGCAGCUAGAGAUUUGAAGAGGCUUGAAGGAGUCGCUCGUAGUCCAGUCUACUCUCACAUCUCUUCGACCCUACAAGGUCUGCCCAUCAUCAGGUCAUUUGGAAAAACAGGAGUGUCAAUGAAGCAGUUCCACGAUUACCAAAAUGAGCACACAAAGGCCUACUAUCUCUAUCUGGUACUGACUAGAUGGCUUGGAAUAAGAAUGGACUUUUUGAACACUCUCCUUUUGGCACUUGUGUCAUUCCUUGCUGUGCUAUUCGCAGAAGUUUUCGAUCCGGCACUAAUUAGUUUGGCAGUGACAUACAUCAUCUCCCUGUCUGGCCUGUUUCAGUACACUGUGCGGAUCAGUGCAGACAUAGAAAACAUUAUGGUAUCUGCUGAAAGGAUUAAUGAGUACAGUAAACUUGAGAAUGAAGCCUCACUUGAAACUAUUCCUGCCAGCAACAAGCCAACCAAAGAAUGGCCAGCUCGUGGGUCAAUAAGUUUUGAAAAUGUGACAUUUCGCUACUCCCCUGACCUCCCACUAGUAUUGAACAACUUAAACUUUACAAUAAAACAAGCUGAAAAGAUUGGAGUUGUCGGGAGAACUGGAGCUGGUAAAUCUUCCCUUUUGUCGGUGCUCUUCCGACUAUGUGAGCCUUCCGGACGAAUCACUAUUGAUGGCGUCGACAUCCUGUCUAUUGGGUUGCAUGACGUACGCAGUAAGAUGUCCAUCAUUCCCCAAGACCCUGUGUUGUUUAGUGGGACAAUGCGCUACAACAUAGACCCUUUCAACGAGUUCUCAGACAAUGAGUUGUGGGAUGUGCUGGAGCAGGUGCAGUUAAAGAGUACAGUGCAGCAGCUAGAGGGACAGCUGGCUGGUGAGGUGUCAGAAGGAGGCAGCAACUUCAGUGUGGGACAGAAACAGCUAGUGUGUCUGGCUAGGGCAAUGAUGAGAAAGAACAAGAUACUCAUUCUGGAUGAAGCAACCGCUAAUGUCGAUAUAAGAACUGAUGAGAUAAUUCAGCAAGCCAUUCGUCAAGAAUUUAAUGACUGUACUGUCAUCACAAUAGCCCAUCGUCUGAACACAAUAAUGGACUCGGACAGAAUAUUGGUGCUCAGUAGUGGCGAGGUUCUAGAAUUUGAUACUCCUUUUCAUCUUCUUCAAGAUAGAAAUUCUCUGUUGUCAGAGAUGGUAAGAAAAACAGAUGCUGAGACAGCACAAAAACUGCGUCAAAUUGCUGUGAAUGCUCAUACAAAAAACUUAAUUUAACUGUUCAAACAGAAUUGUUAAUCACUAGAUCUUGUUCUGUAACACACAACAUGCAGUCUAGAUUGCAUGCUAUUGUGUUUCCAUUCACGUAUGCUAUAUUGUAUUUGAGUUCACAAGGUCUUUUAAUCAUAAUUAAAACUG